AGAGCCGGGCCGCUUCUCCGGCCGGCAGAGGCUGAGUGCGACCUCAGCGAGCCGCGGCGCUCGCCGAUUAGAGUCUAGCGCGACCCCUGGGACCACGCUUUGCCCGGCGCUGCCUCUUCCUUCCCCCACUAUCGCGGGGACGCUCGGGCCUGCACCACAGCGGCCGCAAUUCUCCUCUUCUUCCUCCCGGAGGGAGAGGAGCGGAGAAAGCCCAGCCGCAGCUCCGGGAUUGAGAGAGCCGAGGCCCCUGCCCCGGAGGCUCCGGGCUGGAGGAGGCGGAGGCGGAGGCGGAGGGAAGUGCGCGUCACUCCCGGGAGGAGAGGAUUUCACCUCCAGGCAGAGGCAGCGGCUGCCAGUUGCGUAAAAGCAGCAGCGGCGGCCAGCGUAGAGGCUCUGGGGGCUCCCUGGCCAUGGAGAGGGGAUUCGGACCCGGGGACGCCAGGAGCUCGGCUCUGUCUCUUUGGAUCUCUGUGUAGGCACCUGAGUUAACCGACGCUAAGCGGGGGAGGGGAAGGUAAGCAGCAAGGGGUCGUUCGCUCCCCGCCCCACCUCCCUCGUGCUCGAAGGGGCCGCUACAGGGCGCGGGGCGCAGCCUGGGACACUGGUCUCGGGCACCUUCCCGGCUCCCGGCGCCUGGCCCGCUCUGGUGUUGGACGUUUCUACUGAAAUGGAAAACAUCCUCCCGCCCCCUGCGGCACCUCCGGCUCCCUCGCCUCCUGCGCUCCUCCUUUCCCAGUCUCUCUCCUCUCUGGAUUAGGAGUAACCGGACUCCCCCGGAGUAAAUCCUCUACAUAAGAAAGAGUCCUUGGGAACCCCGUCUUGAUUUCUUUCUUUUCAUUACAUUUUAUGGGGAAGGGAACAAUGGACCUUUGAAAGUCGGUGUGAACAGCCUUAAACUUUCUGCAGAGAGCUGGGGUGGGGAAUAACCCCCACAGGAAGCAGACAACAGUGAAAGGCUGAUGGAAUGUGCGUUGCAGUCUCGGCUUCAUUGCGCGCGCGCGUAUGCUUUGGGGUGAUCUUUGUCUCUUUACUAUUCCCCUGGCUUGGUGGUUCUCCCCACCCCCACUCGCCUCCUGUUAGUUAAGGUAAGGCUUUAAAAUCGCGCGCAGCCUUCUGUAAAAUUGGGCAAUAACCUUAGCACGGGACCCCGCUCACAGGGUUCCUCUGCAGAGUUGAGAGGUCCUGGCAAAGGAAGGGGUCCCGCACUGUGAGGACCCAAAGUGCCGCAGUUAAUACUAGUUGCUGUCCCUCUAGCAAUAAAACUGAGGUCCCGGCUUCCCUGGUUGCUCUCUGCUGCGGGUUGAUAGGUGUCAACUGACCUCGCCGUGGGGCGGAAACCGCUCACUUAAAUUCUCCGCAUAAGGUUAGAAAAACAGACUUUGAUAUAUAUCUCCUUUCAUCAGCAGUGGGGGUUAAGCAUAGUGUCUAAUAAUUUUAAGAACUGCCUUGCGUUCACGCUCCGUGUUUCAGUGUGACAGUGUGAUGCGAUGCUGCACAGUUGCACGUGCUUAGAGUGUGCACAUAUCAUUUUCUGAGCUUUUCCCAGUAUAAAAAAACACACACACACACACAAAACCAUAUAGUGCGACGAAUAUGGAGAAGGGGGGCGGGGUUUCACCUGAGCUGAGGGUGGUGCGAAUCCCCAGGGCAGCCAGCCGUACCUGUUAGAAAUGGCUCUGUGUUAAAGAGAAACGCAUUUAAAAUAUUUAGCCUUAAGAUUCUUUGGUGGGCUAGAAUGGAGCUAUUAAUGUUUGCUUGACCCUUGAAGGAAGCUUGCUAUUUUCAAAAUUGGGCUGGGCGUCAACUCUGGUUGUGUGCCUUUGAUUGCCUGUUCACGGAGUUCUUCUGAGUUUGCAUUUCUGGGCAAAGCAGAAGAAUGUGUAGUCGGGGCUUCCUCUGCUUACAUAUACUGGGUAGCACUUCAUGGUGCUUUUUUCUUAAUACUGAAAUCACUCCCUUCCUGCAGUUCUCCGUGUACCUGGCCCAGAGGAUCAGUGCGAGUGAAUGGGUGGAACUGGAAGUCUGACUUCUGUCUUGCAAUUCAGAAAUCUGAUGGAUGAGUGUUUACAGGCUCAGAAAAUUAAGGUUAGGAGUGAAUUGAGUCAUCACUUGUUCUGCUUUAUCAGCUUGUGAAUGAGAGAAUAAGCCUAGGACUAGCUAAUCUGUGUGUGGACAGGAGUAGAAUCUGCACAUUCUUACAUGGUGUUUGUCAAGAUUUCCUUUAUCACAGUUUGAGUAAAGGUUCCUGUGACACAAACAUUUUAAGAAGUCUUGGAUGUCACAACAGGAAACCAGAGUGGGACAACACCUCAUUCAUAUUCUAACAGCCAUAAUCAAGUCCGUCCUCAACAGCUACCUUGGAAAUGAAGAGAAGAUAAAGCAAGAGGGUAAUGUAGUGUUGUGGACCAUUUCUGAAGCUGAAAGGUACUACUACUUACUAGCUCUGUGCCUCUGGGCAAGUUGCUGAAAUUGAGAAAGAUAACCACAUUUCAGAAAGAGAACACUUAACAGUAUCAAAUUCACAGUUUUACACUCUUUAUAGGAUAUUACAUGUAAAUGUGUACGGUGUAAAGUGCUCUAAGAUAUUUAUGAGUAUUGCUUCAUCCACCUGUCCACCUUCCAUUCAACUAACAAUUGUUAAUUUCCUAUUGUGUGCCAGACCCCCUGGAAGCAAUCUCCACACCCAUUCUGUGGAGUGUACUUGGUGGUAGCCAGAGGGCAUUGGGAUAGAGUGCAGCUGGAGUGUCCACUGAUCCCUGUGUGGUGGCUUCCAUCUAGAAAGAUGAGUAAGACACAGUCUCUACCAUUGAAGAAUUCGGUCUAGCGAGGGAGACAAGGACACCAACAAUUAGAAGACCCAUGACAGUGUAUCAUGUAUGCCACUAAUUCCAGGGGAUACUCCCCUGCUUUCCUACAACCUCAGAAUGGGAACAGCCAUCGCUCAUCUGGUUACGUUCCAGGGAGGGUCGUCCCACUGCGUCCCCCUCCUCCUCCAAAGAGCCAAGCUUCAGCCAAAUUUACCUCCAUCAGACAGGAAGCCCGGGCAACCUUUGCACUCUCACACGAAGAACAGCGAGCCCAAGGAGAAAACCGAAAGCAGAAGAGACACAAAAAUACUUUCAUUUGCUUUGCUAUUACUAGUUUCUCAUUUUUUGUUGCACUUGCAAUCAUUUUAGGAAUAUCCUCAAAAUAUGCUCCAGAUGAGAACUGCCCAGAUCAAAACCCCCGACUCAGGAACUGGGAUCCAGGACAAGAUUCUACAAAACAAGUUGUUAUCAAGGAGGGAGAUAUGCUUCGUCUGACCUCAGAUGUCACAGUGAACUCUAUAGUCAUUCAGGAUGGAGGACUGCUUGUAUUUGGAGAUGAUAAAGAUGGAUCCAGAAAUAUUACUUUGAGGACUCGUUACAUCCUGAUCAAGGAUGGUGGGGCGCUUCAUAUUGGAGCAGAAAAAUGCCGCUAUAAAUCCAAAGCGACAAUUGCCUUGUAUGGCAAGUCAGAUGAAGGUGAAAGUAUGCCAACAUUUGGCAAAAAGUUUAUUGGUGUGGAAGCUGGCGGGACACUGGAGUUGCACGGGGCACGGAAGACAUCGUGGACGUUGUUGGUGAGGACUUUGCAUUCCUCAGGUUUGACGUUUGGGUCCUAUGCCUUCGAGAAGGACUUUUCCCGGGGCCUCAAUGUGAGGGUCAUUGACCAAAACACAGCCAAAAUUUUGGAGAAUGUGAGGUUUGAUACUCAUGAAUACCAAAAUGAGAGCAAGCGACUUCAGGAAUUCUUGAGAGUCCAGGAUCCAGGGCGAAUUGUUGCCAUAGCUGUUGGAGAUUCAGCAGCCAAAAGCCUCUUACAAGGAACUAUACAGAUGAUCCAGGACCGGUUGGGAAGUAAGCUGAUCCAAGGACUGAGCUACAGGCAAGCUUGGGCUUUAGUUGGUGUCAUUGAUGGUGGAAGUACUUCUUGCAAUGAAUCUGUGAGAAACUAUGAAAAUCAUAGUAGUGGAGGGAAGGCUCUUGCACAAGGAGAAUUUUACACCAUGGAUGGUCAGAAGUUUGCUGUGACAGCUUAUAGUGAAUGGAUUGAAGGCGUUUCUCUUUCAGGCUUCCGGGUAGAGGUUGUGGAUGGAGUGAUGCUUCAUUUGCUGGAUGAUGUUAGCAGCUGGAAACCUGGAGACCAGAUCGUGGUUGCAAGCACAGACUAUUCUAUGUACCAGGCAGAGGAGUUCACUCUUCUCCCCUGUCCCGAGUGCAGCCGUUUUCAGGUCAAAGUCAAAGAAACACCUCAGUUCCUGCACAUGGGAGAGAUUGUAGAUGGUGUAGACAUGAGAGCUGAGGUUGGAAUUCUCACCCGGAAUGUUGUAAUCCGAGGAGAAAUGGAGGACUCAUGUUAUGCUGAAAACCAAUGCCAAUUCUUUGAUUUUGAUACCUUUGGGGGACAUGUCAUGAUUAAGAAAAAUUUUACUUCGGUCCAUCUUUCGUACGUGGAAUUGGAACACAUGGGUCAGCAGCACCUGGGGCGGUAUCCUGUGCAUUUUCACCUGUGUGGUGAUGUGGAUUAUAAAGGAGGGUACAGACAUGCAACGUUUGUGGAUGGCCUGUCUAUUCAUCACAGCUUCUCAAGAUGCAUCACUGUGCAUGGAACUAACGGCUUGCUGAUAAAAGACACCAUUGGAUUUGACACACUGGGCCAUUGCUUCUUUUUGGAAGAUGGUGUUGAACAGAGAAAUACUUUGUUCCACAAUCUUGGACUCCUUACCAAGCCUGGCACUCUCCUCCCCACCGACAGGAAUAACUCCAUGUGUACCGCCAUGCGUGAUAGAGUAUUUGGGAAUUACAUCCCUGUGCCUGCCACGGACUGCAUGGCGGUUUCAACUUUCUGGAUUGCUCAUCCCAACAAUAAUCUGAUUAAUAAUGCAGCUGCUGGCUCACAGGAUGCUGGAAUCUGGUAUAUAUUCCACAAGGAACCUACUGGAGAAUCCAGUGGAUUGCAGCUCUUAGCAAAACCAGAACUCACACCACUAGGUAUAUUUUAUAACAACAGAGUCCAUUCAAGUUUUAAGGCUGGCUUAUUUAUUGACAAAGGUGUCAAAACAACCAACGCUAGUGCUGCGGACCCACGAGAAUACCUCUGUCUGGAUAACAGUGCAAGGUUUCGACCUCAUCAAGAUGCAGACCCUGAAAAGCCACGUGUUGCUGCUCUAAUUGACAGACUCAUUACUUUUAAAAAUAACGAUCAUGGAGCGUGGGUCAGAGGAGGAGACAUUAUCGUUCAGAAUUCAGCAUUUGCAGAUAAUGGAAUAGGACUGACCUUUGCCAGUGAUGGGAGCUUCCCGAGUGAUGAAGGUUCCAGCCAGGAGGUGUCUGAAUCUCUCUUUGUUGGCGAGAGCAGGAAUUACGGCUUUCUCGGGGGUCAGAACAAGUACGCCGGCACUGGCGGAAUAGACCAAAAGCCUCGGACUUUACCGAGGAACAGGACAUUUCCAAUUAGAGGCUUUCAGAUUUAUGAUGGGCCCAUUCAUCUCACCAGGAGCACUUUUAAAAAAUAUGUGCCAACUCCAGACAGGUACAGCAGUGCGAUUGGCUUCCUCAUGAAGAAUUCCUGGCAGAUAACUCCCAGGAAUAAUAUCUCCCUUGUGAAGUUUGGCCCACAUGUCUCCCUGAAUGUCUUCUUUGGAAAGCCUGGUCCCUGGUUUGAAGAUUGUGAGCUAGACGGUGAUAAGAACUCCAUAUUCCAUGACAUCGAUGGCUCUGUGACAGGAUACAAGGACACUUACGUGGGAAGAAUCGACAACUACCUGAUUCGCCAUCCAAGCUGUGUUAACGUUACCAAAUGGAACGCCGUGGUGUGCAGUGGGACCUAUGCUCAGGUCUACGUGCAGGCAUGGAGCACUCAGAAUCUUACUAUGACCAUCACACGAGAUGAAUAUCCGUCCUACCCAAUGGUGCUCCGGGGCAUUAACCAGAAGGCUGCCUUCCAGCAGUACCAACCGGUAAUCAUGCUGGAGAAGGGCUACACCAUCCACUGGAAUGGACCAGCACCACGGACUGCUUUUCUGUACCUCAUAAACUUCAACAAGAAUGACUGGAUUCGAGUUGGCCUCUGCUAUCCCUCAGACGCAAGUUUUCAGGUUACCUUUGGCUUUUUGCAGCGGCAGAAUGGCUCGUUAUCCAAAAUGGAAGACUACGAGCCUGUACGUUCACUGGAUGAACUGCAGAAGCAGCAGUCCGAGAGGAAAUUCUAUUUUGACUCCAGCACUGGAUUGCUGUUUUUGUAUCUCAAAGCCAAAGGUAACAGGGAUAGUCACAGUUACUGUUCAUCUCAGGGAUGUGAAAGGGUCAAGAUCCAGGCAACAACAGACUCAAAAGACAUCAGUAACUGCAUGGCCAAAGCGUAUCCACAGUAUUACCAAAAGCCAUCAACAGUCAAGCGGAUGCCGGCCGUGCUCUCUGGACCCUGUCCAGGCUGUGGCACCAGCCAGGUGGUGUUUACCAGUGAUCCUCAUAAAAGCUACCUCCCCGUGCAAUUCCAGUCACCCAGUAAAGCAGAAGCUCAGCGUGGAGACCCGACCGUUAUCUCUGUGAACGGCACAGACUUCACCUUCCGAAGUGCAGGUCUCUUCCUCCUUGUUGUGGAUGCGUGCAAUGUUCCAUUCCGGUUGACGGAAAAAAAGAUUUUCUCUCUUGCUGAUGUCAGUCGCAUGGAAGAGUAUUUAAAAACAGGGGUCCCUCCAAGGUCAAUUGUUCUGUUGAGCACAAGAGGAGAAAUAAAAGAGUUGAAUGUUUCAGAUUCAUUAGUACUUCUGGGAUUAGCCAAACCAGCUCAUCUUUAUAACAAAGGGAGUACCGUAUUUUUGGGAUUCAGCGGAAACUUUAAACCUUCAUGGACUAAGUUAUUUACCAGUCCUGCUGGACAGGGUCUCGGGCUGCUGGAACAAUUCAUCCCUUUGCAGCUGAGCGAAUAUGGCUGUCACAGAACCGCCGCUAUCCGCAGACGAGACCUGGAACUGUUAAAGCAAGCUUCAAAAGCACAUUAGAGACUAACUAUAACUUAAGUGCUGGGAAAAAAAAAAAAUGUGAACUAACUUAUUUAAUUUAUGGCAUUUAAAAAUGACACUGUUAACCCAAUGGAACCAUUCUCCUGUUUGAUACAGAAAGGGGAGGGGAAAAAACAAAACCAAACAGUUUAAAGUGAUUGCUUGAAUACCAGCUCAUGCACCUUGUAGUUGUACAAAAUGUUGAAGAAUUUAUUUGUAUUUGUAAGGCUGGUGUCUUUGAAGACUGGUUCUCUCACGCCUCUCCUUCCACCCCGGUGUCUUUUAGUGACCCUAAGUAAGCAGUGUUUUACUUUUUGUAUCAUGGGUGGGGUAGGGGCGCUUCUGAGAGUCAGCCUGAGCUCUUUAGAGAACCAGCUAUUGUAGCACCUUGGAUACUUGAAGCCUACAGCUCAGUUGUGUUGUGUGGUUAUUGACUUGGGUGGCUGGUAUGUUCCGUGAUGCCUUGGGCCCUGUUUCCGGGCAACUUUUUAGGAUUUUAUAUGAUACCGAAUGACAGUUUUAAGCGGCACCUCAGGCCCAGCUCAUGCCCUUUUUUAUCUGGACAUGUGCUAUUUUUACUCAUUUGUAUAUUAAUGACUUCUAAGUGUUCCAUUU